AUGGAUGAAGCAGAUCAAGAGAAAACUUCGUUCGUUACUAGCCAGGGCCUCUUCUGCUAUAAAAUAAUGCCAUUUGGCCUCAAAAAUGUGGGCGCAAAGUAUCAAAGGCUCAUGAAUAAGAUGUUUGCGCAGAAAAUUAGGAGAAAUGUCCAGGUCUAUGUUGACGACAUGCUAGUGAAGAGCCGAAAAAAGGAAGAUCACCUAGAUGAUCUAAGGGAAAUGUUCGACACCCUUCGUUCCUACAACAUGAGACUUAACCCAAGCAAGUGUGCCUUCGGAGUAACGGUAGGAAAGUUCCUAGGGUUCAUGGUGUCUCAAAGGGGUAUCAAAGCCAACUUAGACAAGAUCCUGGCCAUAAUAGAGAUAGCACCCCCGAGGAACGUGAAAGAAGUGCAAAGCCUCAACAGUAAGAUAGCAACGCUAAACAGGUUCGUGUCUAGGUAUCGUCGAACGGCUAUCAACACAGCCUUGGUUAGAGAAGAAGACAAGAUACAGAAGCUCGUAUAUUACACGAGUCGAGCACUCCGAGGCGUGGAGGAAAGAUACCCACCAAUGGAGAAGCUUGCCUUCGCUUUAAUUACAGCAACCCGAAAGCUCAAGCCAUACUUCCAAGCUCACACGUACCGCCCGCGCACUGCCAUUAAGGGACAGGUGUUCGCCGACUUCAUUGCAAAAUUCACUAACGUAGGAGGCCAGGGGGCAGAAGAGGCCCCACAAUGGAGCAUCUACACAGAUGAAUCCUCCAAUAAGCAAGCAGGCGGAGUUGGUGUGAUACUUCAUAGCCCGAAAGGAGAUAAGAUCGAAUGUAUGGUCCUUCUAGAUUUCCCUACUACCAAUAACGAAGCAAAGUACAAAGCCUUGAUAGCAGGGCUGGAUCUUCCUAGGGCCGCAGGAGCUGAAAAUCUGAUCGUAUACUACGAUUCCCAAGUAGUAACCAGUCAGGUUAACGGGGAUUACGAAUGCAAGAAUGAAUGGAUUAAGAAGUACAUUGAGCACGUGAAGGACCAAGUUAACAACCUCCGAGUAAAGUUUGUUCAAAUUCUAAGGGAGGAGAACGAGCACACCGAUCGGCUUGCUAAGGCUGCUUCAGAAAUAGGCUCCGAAAAUAAUUGGACAACACCAAUAGCAUCCUAUCUAAAGGACAACGUACUACCAGGCGACAAGGAGGCUGCAAGGAAGUUGAAGGUUCAACCAGCACGCUUCAUUCUAAUUAAAGGCGUUCUCUAUAAGAGGGGCUUCUCCUGA